AUCUUUGUUUACAAACAUUGCUUGUGUAUUGUAUUGCAUUGUAUUGCAUUUACAUUUAAGAGCGAUCCACAUACAAAGUGCGUGGCGAUUACUGCUUAUGCUUGAAGGUUCUGGAGACAAAGUUGUUGUUUAGGCUUACUACAUGAUUUUAAUAUUGUAUUAAACAUGGACUUCACAGAAGAAUUCCAGGAUGAUGGGGUUGGCAUAUACAGGUGCACCGACCUUUCAUCUACUUUGGCCAUCAAGGUUACAGUCAGCAGCCAAGGAUCAGCAGACCCACAAACUGAGGAAGCUCUGGUGCUAUGGCAGCAGAAAAUAUUCAGUGCUGCGGAGGUGGAGCGGUACUGCUCCCUGGAGACGCCAGGCACGGAGCUGCAGCGGAGGCUCAAGGAGGAGGCGCUCCGGCUGCGAGCCGCUGCCCAGCCCCCAACCAACGCCGUGUUCACUCACAUCCACGGCGAGGAGUUCUGCGCCCAGCACGAGCGCUCUAAGCAGCUGACGAAGCCGGCGGUUCGUCCCACCAAGCUGGCUGAAACGCUACUGGAGCUGCGACACAGGACUGGGCUUCCCCACAGUGAGGGGGAGGCGGAGGGCGCGGAUGCCGAUCAGACUGGGGACGCCGGUGAGCCCGCCGAGCCGGCCCUGUCGGCCGUGGAGCAGCGGCUGCGCUCCCUGGCCCUCUGCUCCACAGAGACCAUGUUCGUCAUGCUGCGCGCCCAGGACGAGGAGCACGUGCUGUGUCGUCUGGACUGGAGCCAGUCCGGGGUGCUGACAGUUCGUCCCGACUUCAGUCCCGGCAGUCUGCCCUACAGGCUGCAGGUCAGCGAGGGCCAGAAGGGACUGUACGCCUACCGUCUGGAGUGGGUGCCUCCGCCGGCCGACGAGGCUCGAGCCGCCGACCUCAGCGCCUCCCACGCGCAGACGGCCCAGUCUCGCAGCAGGAGGGAUACGGGCGCGCGGCCGGCGCCCGCUCCCGAGUUCCCGCUGCCCCCUGUGGGCACUCUGCUGGUGGCACUCAACGGAGAGCUGGUGUCGGCCGGCGGCUUCCACGGCGACAACCUCUUCAUACAGUUCUUCAUCGAGCUGCCCAAAGGCUGGCGGGCCGGCGCCGACACGCGUCUGAGCGGUAUCACGCAGCUGUGUCGGGCGCCGCGCGGCCGCGACGCCCACUUUGGGUUUCCGAUCAGCGCCGAGCUGACGUUCACCGCGCCGGACGACGAGGAGCCCGCUUUCCAGCGGUGGCCGACACUGUACGUGGAGGUGCUCUCGGAGGACGCGCUGGGCAUGGUCCGCACCGAGGGCUACUCCCACCUGUCCGUGCCGACGACGGCCGGCAGUGUGAGCCGCCGCCUGGCCGCCUGGAGGCCGAUCGGCAGCCGAGAGGCGCAGCUGCGGCGCUUCUUCAUCGGAGGCUCGCCUGAGCUGGAGGACCCAUCGUUCGUGGCGGUACCCACCGACUUCCAGGGUUCUCGUCUGAGCCGAUACGGGUUCCGGACGGAGACCACCGGCGAGGUGUCUGUCCGGCUGUCGGCACUGCACCAGAGCCAGAGCUGGGCGCAGCGGCCCGCCGGACAGGCCGCCGCCGCCCCCGGCGUCGGGGCCGUGCUGGAAGCGUUCCGCCGCGCCCGGCUGCGCAUGCUGAGAGCGAGACAACAGUUCGAGGAGUCAGCCACCGAGGCGGCAGCGAGGGGCGGCGGAGCGGCGGUCAGCGUCGGCUGAAAGGGCUGGAGCAGUCGCUUUGUGAGAGGGGCGGCAAAUCUGGAGGUACAAAUCGGCAAAUUGGCGGAGGGACAGCGCAAAUCCAACUGUACAAACAUGAUGUCAGGUCGAAUUUGGCCUGAGUUUGUCGAUAAACGUCGCAUAUAUGUGACUGAUCAGUGGCUUCCCCGUCCACUCAUUAUAUACCGUGCUAGUCAGGAUAUGUGAAACGUAAUGCCAUCUAAUCAUGGAUUAAUUGCACUGAAGACACGGAAAGUUCUGUCAGUUGUGAGUGUCGAUCCGUCCACGCCGUCAUGGCGUUCACAUUGCUCCGUUCACGCAGAUUGUGCUGAACCAGUGAAUUGAAUAUGUGAGAUAUUAUGAGUUGCGUAUCACAGUGUGUGCGUCACAUGACAACUACCAGCACCGAUAGUCAACAUUGUUCGCUCGGGUUCUAGUCAAACUACUGUCCAGCGAUAGGACAAAGAACCGUGUAAACGGCAUGUGAGAAUACGACGCUGUUGUUUUUUCUUUGAUCUCUAGUGAAUCUUCCGUCCAGGCCCCAGGGAAGGGGAUGUGCAUGUCAAGUGUGUGAUUAAUUAUGUCCGCCACUAACUAGUCUGCUAGUCUACGAUGGAUCUCGACCAGUGAUGUGUCGGCUCUCAGUUUUGCACUUUUGCAAAAUAUACUGUGUUUCAUUCUCA